AUGGACGUUAACAAUUGUGAUGGAAUAAAUCUAGAGAUUGACACAUGUUCGACUAGAUAUGGUUACAAUAUAUGGUUAAUUGGUAAAACAGGAACAGGUGCAAUAUCAUUUUGUUCAAAAAUUGAUGCAGAUACAAAAGUUGGUUUAUUUGGUACUAUAUGUGGUCUUGCUGUGCGUGCUGGAGAACAAAAAUAUGGUGAACGCGAUCUAUGGUUAGAGGGUUAUCCAGAUGGAUAAAAACGAUACGAGUAGUUAGUGAGAUGAAGUAAUCAUAGUAAAAUGACUUGAUGUUACAAGGUACAGCAAGGAAUCGAACAUUAAUCGACAACUAUAUGUAGAAUGCAAACAAACAAUGAUGAUACUGGUACAACAUGUUAUGGUUAUCGUCUGACAAGAGGCUCUUGUCCAUCUAGCUUUUAUCUUGUCACAUGGUUGGUCAGCUUCGGAAAUAAUUACUGAUCAUUUUGUGUUAAGAACUAGAUUGUGUAUUUAUGUUUACUAAUCACAAUUGAACUAUAUAAAGGCGCAUUCAAUGGGAUCAUGAAAUAUGACGAUCUCAUUUUAAUCGUCAAAUAAUAUUUGAAAGCUUCACUAAAAAUACAACAGUUCUUGUAUACGUAAUACAGGACUUAGGCAUGUGGGUAUAAGAGUGAAUACCUUGGUAGAUUCAGUUUAAUUUGCAAAAAAAAACAUUUAUCUAUUGUCCUGGCAUCCCACCGACAGCUCGUCGAAAAAGAGGAAAAAAGAGGAAUUUCGUUGUCAGAGAAAAGAGGAUUUUCAAUAAAAAAGAGGAAAAAAAGAGGCGCAUUUUUUCAGCUUGUAAAAUGCGAACAAAAACUCUCGCGAGCCUCAAAGAUUGACAGAUUGCAGCAUCGCUAAUCUGAAUUCAAUACAGACUGAAAAAAGCCCGAAAGAUGAAAGCGAUUUUCAGUUGUUGAUAUUUGUUGCAAUCAUGCUUUUUCUAUCCAGCUCAGAAAAAAAAGAACUACAAAAAAAGAAAAAAAAACCGGAUGUGAUUCAAAGGUACUUCACUGUGAUAUCACUUUAUCUUACUGCUUGUAGACAAAGAACUAGACAUUUAAAAAACUUACUCAAUAUCCAAAAUCUGUUCAGCUUAUAAUAUUACGAGAGUAGAAAGACCCAACAAAAAGCGAAAAAAGAAACAGUAGAGCGUGCAUAUUGAUAAGACAAGAAAAUGGAUAAAUUUGGCUUAAAUCAAAAGUUGCAAAAUGUCUUUCUCAAAACGAUGACCAGAAUUUCUACCUUGGACAGCAGAAGUUCUCUCUGAAAGCACAACAAUACCAAAUGUGAUCAAUUCUACAGAUUUGAAAUAAUUCGAAAUUCAAUUGAAAUUGAGUGAUAUACAAGAAAAAAGUACUUGAAAAAAUUUUGAUUCCUGAGUAUACUAAGUUCGAGUUUUGACGAUUUUUCAAGAAAUUUUACUAAAGGCAGAGAAACUUUACGUCUUUGAAGUUAUAUGACACGGCGAGUUUUUACCAAAAUUUGUGAGAACUUAUCACUAAUUCUUAUUCGAGGCGAUCUAAGACGCCGAACUCGCUAGUGAGUGUGAACUAGCAUUUUACGAAGAUCUCUGCCUCUGGAGAAAGUUUUAGAGAUUUAUUAGCUAAAAUCGGGUUUUGUUUUUCGUAACAACCGGUUGUCUUGUAAACGAUUUCCUCAUCCAGGCAAAUGCAGUCACUUUGACGGCAUAUUCAGCAGUUUCGGAGUCUAAAUCUUGAGUUUCAAUUAUCGAACUCCAUGUUUAAGUUGAUAAUGGAAGCUGUCUUGAUGCUUCGCUCAAGCUUUACACACUUCUGUUAGAAAAAACUAUUUCAAUGAGCUCAAAUAUCUAACUUUCAAAGUUUUAUAUUUGCACGUAAAUAACUCUACCGCAACUUAUUUUAAUAUUUCCAAAUUUCAACCUCAAUAAAUAUUGGUUUUAACUCAUUCGAUCAAAGUUCAUGCCAAAAAAUCUUACUAAAAAAUCUUUUGGAUUGGAAUUAAUGCAUAUUUAAUUAUUAUAAUGCGUCCUGAAGGAUAAUUUUCAACCUUGUUAUUCACCUUAUUGGUGUGGGUGUGGGUGUGGGUGUGGGUGUGGGUGUGUAGGUG